UUUUUUUUUUGGCUGUUCCAAAUUCUCAGAGAGAAAACCAAUUUUUUCUCUUUUAAUUUUAUAAUUCCUAUGCGAGCGAGCGAGCGAGAAAAGGAGAGAGUGUUGCUUUGCAUUUUGGUGUCUACGUCGUCGGCCUUUCUCUCUGUCUGUCUCUCUGUCUCUCACUCUUUGGAGGACAGAAAAGCAAAACAGGAAGCGAUCCCAUUAGGUUGUUUCCGGAAACCCCCAAUACUCUCAUCAACAUCAUCACUCCCCCCACAGAUUCCCUCUACAGGUGGUAGCGAUACUUGAUUCCGCUUUUAAGUUUUAAGUCGGAGAAGAAUAUGGUUCAAGGUUGGUCUAUCCUUUGAGGAGAUCCCACUGCCUACAGCGGGAACAUUUGGGUUAUAACAGCUGAACUUUCUGUGGAGUUGCACAGUGCACCACGUAUAAAGUACUACCGUUUCCAGUUGACCUGCUGUAAUUGAGUUGGAUGGAUGCAUUUAUUGUAGGAAAAAGUCCAUAUAUUGUAGGAGAAAGUCAUGAACUUCUGAGUAUACUGUUGGUCACUUGUCAUUCUUAAAUUUUGUGCUGUUAGUAAUCAGUCGACUACCGUACUUUCAAAGGAAGUGAAAUGGAAGACAAUGUUGGGCACCUUGGUUCUCCCGAAGGGCAAAGUCAUUUAGCGAAGGCAAAGAGCUUAUCUGAUUGUCUUGGGAUAUCAAGUGAUGCAAAUGUUGAAAUAGAGAAGGGAGUCCAUAUAUCUGACCAUGAAAUUGAUGGUUCCAAAGAUGAAAAUGUGCCAGAAAGGGUAGGGAUUGGUCAUUUCUCUUCGACUGGUUGUACAAAGGAUGAUGAUUUGAAACAACCAUCUUCCGUGAUUUCUACUGUCAGAAAUUCAGUACUUGAGGGAGACAUUCAUGCUGAAGGAACUUCCAGAGUAACGUCAUGUCGUAAUGGACUUGAUAAUAAUGAGGAGAGUGAAGCUUCUGCACCUUUUACGGUAGGAAACCCUUCUGUAAAGAAAAGUUCCGUGAAAAGUGAUGUUUGCUUAGACAGUGGACAACCCAGUCAAACAAAAGUUGAUGGUUUUGUAGAUGGGAAAAUGGAUGGAUAUCCACCAAGCGUCAGUGAAAUUGAAGUCAAGUCUUCAGUGCAGACGACCUUCCAUGAUAAGCAAUGUAAAUCCGAGUCUUCUUCUUCCAACUCAGCACAAGUCACUCUUCCAGCUUCUUCAAAGGAUAGCUGUCAGGAGAUGUCAGUCUGCAAAAGCUCAUAUGAGAAUAUCACACCUAGUGCCGUAGACACUUCAACUUGUACAAACUUUAAGCUUGAACAGCCUGCAUGUAGAAGUUUAGUACCAGAUAUGGCCGUGCAUGUGCCAAAAUAUCAGCUGGAUGCUACCAUGGUUUCAUCUGAGGAACAAUGCAAUGACAAUAAAGCUUCAGAGCCAAUUGAUAAUGUCAGAACAAGGGGUAGCAGUAAGGUGAUUGGUUUGACCCCUGUUAAUAGAUGGGUGAGUGGAGAGAAUAUUAAUCAUUUGAAAUCUGAUGUCCCUAAGAAGAAAAUUACAGAGCGUUAUAAUAAAAUUAGAUCAGAGACUUGCUAUGACCUGGUUGAUGAUGAUGCACUUGAGGUGGCUUGGAGAGUUGCAAAAGAAGUAGAGCAGGAGGUUGAGGCUUCAGGAAGCUCCUCUUCAAUACCAGGGAGAAGUAGCAAGGUGGUUCAUCUCAGCUCCGUGGAUUCAGCAGGUUCUCAUAGAGAAGGCUGCUUAACAGAAAGUGGUUCUAUACACCAGAAGUGCAAUGAGUCUGAUAGUUUCUGUUCCACUAAAGAGACUAUGGAUAUAAAACCGGUGACAAAGAAGGAACAGUUGUCUUUGGACGUGAAAGAGCCGGUUCAAGGCUUGGUCCCUGGAACUAGUGAUGGCUGUCAGAGGCAGGGAUCAUCCAGCUUUGCUACUAAAGUUGAAGGUGUAGCUGCCAGUAACCAAACUUCUCAUGUUUUUGGUAUUGAUCUUAAUGAAGAUAUCCUGGAAAGUGAAGAAGAGUAUCCUCAGAAGUCCAUCAAAGAAACUGUAUCUCUUCUUGAAAAUGUGUCAAAGCCAAUACCUGUUCUGGCGAAAUCUGGAAUUCCAUUGUGCUUACCUGUGCCACAAUUUCAGAGUGAAUGGGACCUAGGUGGUUGGAGGGGUUCAGCAGCAACUAGUGCUUUUAAACCAACUUCUUUUUCUGAGAGUUGUAAUAGAAAUGCAUUGUCGACGAAUGACACUAAUUGCAGCUCGAACUAUUCACAUGUUAAAGGGAUUGACCUCAAUGUUGCUGCUGCUGGUGCUGAGUUUGAUGUUGAAUUACUCUCCAAGAAACCUAUCCCAGCACUGUCUGGUAAUUUUUCAAAAGAUUCAUCUGUUGAAGUGAAUUCAAGACGAGCAAGAAUGCUUGACAUUGAUCUCAACUGUGUUAGUGAAAAUGGUGACAGCUCCCGACAAUUGUCUCCACCAGCUUCUGUUAGGGAUUUUGAUUUGAAUGACAACCUAACUUCUGCAGAUGCAUGCAUUGGUCCAUACCAGACAUGUGUAAGCUCUCUAGGCUUGAGAAAUGGGGAUUUAGAUGAUCCAGCGGUCUCUUCUGUGGAAUAUUCAAGACAAUCAGACUGUAAAACUAUCAGAUCUUCAUGUUCUCAGGACUUGAGUUCAAGGGAGGGCUUUAGUCAUAAUCAUGACAAACCCUUUCUCGUUGCUGCAACCAAUAUGGUUCCCUCAAAUGAACAACUGCAGAGGAUGGCUGCCUUGCAACAGAAGGUCGCCUUUUCACCACCACCACCUCACGCCUUUCUCUAUAAUAAUGGAUUCUGCAUUGACCCGAACAACAGCUUAUCCCCAACUGUUUACCCUCCUUCCUUCCUUCCAUAUAUGACGGAUCCACGUGCAACCACUGUAAUCCCACAAUAUUUUGGUUCUGGUGCUGUUCCGGUGUUUCCGAUGGCCCCACAUCUAAUGGGGGUUCCUCAUGCAUCAUCCCCUAAUGACAUUGCUUUCAUCAGGCCAACUUUUGAUCUAAACAUGGGAGCAAAUUCUUUGGAGAAUGGAAGCAGGGGGAUGAAUGCUAGACAACUUUCUAUUCCUGUAAGUGAUGCAAUUAUGGAAGAACAAAUGAAAUCUUUCCAACAAGUUGGUUUGACUGCUGUACCCAUGAAGAGGAGGGAGCCAGAUGGGGGAUGGGACUCCCAUCAGCUUUGCUUUAGACAGGCUGCUUCUUGGCGUUAGGUUGGUUUACCCAGAGGUCUCAUCAGCAAGGUUGCCAAAAAAUCGAUGUGAUGUAUACUUCUGGAUCUCUUCUAUAGUUCAGUUAUUUGACCUGAUUACGAUAGCCAGUGGAGUUUUGGCGUUAGUAGAUAUGAGUUGAGAUUAUGUUCUUAGGUUAUUCUUCUUUGCCAUAUCUAUUCUAUAUGCAUACUUACAUCUACACUAUGCAUACUUAGUCGAUAAAGGGACUUCUGUACACGGGUCAUUUUUACUCGUUGAAUAUAAAUAACUUCUACUUGGUUC